AUGCGACGAGUCAAAAAACAAUAUGUCGAAGAAGGUGCAAAAGGCCGUGACCGCUCGAUUUCCAGUGGCGCUAUUGCUCCAAACAGCUUUUCCACGGACUGCAGUGUUGGCGUUGGUAGCAGUUCAGCAAUACUUCCAUGGGGGCUAGGCCGUGGUCGCGGAAGAGGUUUUAUCAGCAGCGCUGGCAAGGACAAUUCGGCCUUCAACAACGGAGGGCCGUGGUCGAUCAAUCCAGUGGCUCUAUUGCUCCGAACAACUUUUCCACGAACCACAUUGUUGGCGUUGGUAGCAGCUCAGCAAUACUUCCGUGGGGGCGAGGCCGUGGUCGCGGAAGAGGUUUUAUCAGCAAUGCUGGCAAGGACAAUUCGGCCUCCAACAACGGCUAUCUUCCAGGUUUUAAAAGCGACAUUGCCAAACGUUGGGCAGUUCGAACUAUUAAUGCAAAAGAGCUUGGCAUGGAUUUAA